CGGAUUGCUCGCCUUUUCACUCCAACAUACGCUGCUCGUAUCAACGCACAACUCGUGCACCCCGCACAAUCAAUCAUCGUCAAGCCUAACGAACUCGAGUCUGCUCUUGCCAGGCCUCUUCACGUUGCAAGAUAUGAGCCAGACAGCACACCAUCAUACCUUGCUGCACAGAUCGCAUACGGAAUCAUCAAAGGCCAUCCGUUCAUAGAUGGGAACAAACAAACAGCCAACGAAUACCUUCGCGCUCAUGGCCUUCCUGGAUUUGUGGAUACGGGCGACUUCCAGUCCAAUGAUUUGCACACGCUCGCAGAGAGAUACAUUUCCGUGGCAAAGGGCGACAUGGAUGCCAAUGGGCUGGCUAGUUAG